AUCGCGGCGGGGCUCGCGCCCGCUAGGGAACCAACGGAGGGGCGUCCUCCGCCGGCCCCUCCGAGCUUGUCUUUUCCAGGCACCCUGGAGUCCCCUCAGACCAGCUCGGCGGGUGGGCACCUGCCAGCCGCCCCUGAAGUUUCGGGGCAGGCGACCCCCGAGUCUGGGAAGAUGGCCCAGCCCAAAAUCGAGUGCCGCUCACCUGUCGGCCUUGACUGCUGCAACUGCUGCCUGGACCUGGCCCACCGCAGCGGGCUCCAAAAAGGCAGCAGCGGCGAGAACAACAACCCGGGCAGCCCCACCGUGAGCAACUUUCGGCAGCUGCAAGAGAAACUGGUCUUCGAGAACCUCAACACCGAUAAGCUCAACAACAUAAUGCGGCAGGAUUCGCUAGAGCCCGUGCUGCGGGACCCCUGCUACCUGAUCAACGAGGGCAUCUGCAACCGCAACAUCGACCAGACCAUGCUCUCUAUUCUGCUCUUCUUCCACAGUGCCUCUGGAGCCAGCGUGGUAGCCAUAGACAACAAGAUUGAGCAGGCCAUGGAUCUAGUGAAGAAUCAUCUGAUGUACGCUGUGAGAGAAGAGGUGGAGAUCCUGAAGGAGCAGAUCCGAGAGCUGGUGGAGAAGAACUCCCAACUGGAGCGGGAGAACACCCUCUUGAAGACCCUGGCGAGUCCAGAGCAGCUGGAGAAGUUCCAAUCCCGGCUGAGCCCCGAUGAGCCAGCUCCUGAAUCCCCAGAAGCACCCGAGGCCCCCGACGGCUCUGCGGUGUAAGUGGCUCUGUCCUCAGGGUGGGCAGAGCCACUAAUACUUGUUCUACCUAGUUCUUUCCAGUUUGUUUUUGGCUCCCCAAGCGUCAUCUCACGUGGAGAACUUUACACCUAACAUAGCUGGUGCCAAGAGAUGUCCCAAGGACAUGGCCACCUGGGUCCACUCUAGUGACAGACCCCUGACAAAGACCAGGUCUCUGGAGGCUGAGUUGUGCGGGGUCUAAAAACCCCAAGCCAGCGAGCCUCUAAUGUUACCGUGCCCUGGGAGCUCCCAGGGCCUGGGCAACUUAGCCGCAACUGGCAAAAGAGAGAGGUAGUUUGUGAUGUGACACCAGGUUGCUCCAGAAAGUACAAGGGGUCUGUUUUUCUGUUUCUUUUUUCAUUUCCAUGGACAUCUUCAGCAGCUUCACCUGACAAUGACUGUUCCUAUGAAGAAGCCACUUGUGUUUUAAGCAGAGGCAAACUCUCUCUUCUGCCCUGCCUCUCCAAGGGCAAGGGGGCACAGAUAGGCGAGAUUGAGCCAAGUCAGCCUUCUGUUGGUUAAUAUGGUAUAAUGCAUGGCUUUGUGCACAGCCCAGUGUGGGAUUACAGCUUUGGGAUGACCGCUUACAAAGUUCUGUUUGGUUAGUAUUGGCAUAGUUUUUUCUAUAUAGCCAUAAGUGCGUAUAUAUACCCAUAGGGCUAGAUCUAUAUCUUAGUGUAGUGAUGUAUACAUAUACACAUACACCUACAUGUCGAAGGGCCUAACCAGCUUUGGGAGCAUUGACCGGUCCCUUAUCUCCUAAGGCUAAUUCCUUGACUGUGUUCAUUUACCAACUUGAUCCAGUUUGUCCUCCAGGUUAAGUGAGACUCGAGAGGAAAGGUAGGGAGAGGGGGCCCAGUGUCAGGAUGUGGCCACAGAUGCCUUGCUGCUGUGACCCUUUUCCCCAUCUGUCCACUGGACACGUGAAGUUCUCUUUCGAAUGCCAAACCCACCAUUCACUGGUGCUGACUACAUAGAAUGGGGUUGAGAGAAGAUCAGCUCGGACUUCACCGUGUCAUCUGAAAACCUCUCUUUUGUUUGUUUUCUAAUUCUUGCGGGAAGCUUUGGUGUGAACGUAAAGCUGGUGUUCUGUUAUGGAUGAGGGAUGGGCAAGAGAAUGGCUUUGUUCCAGUGGUACCUGGGGGCGUGCCCGGGGAGCUUGUUUCAAGGGUAUUCUGUGACAGUGAACACUUUCCACUUUCUGACACCUUAUCCUGAUGUAUGUCUCCAGGAUUUGGAAUUUUGAUGUUUCAAAUGUAGCUUGAAAUUUCAAUAAACUUUGCUCUUUUUUUUCUAAAAAUAAA